AUGCAGUCAGUGACACAGGAAACAAAAUCACACUUUUCUAUAGAGAAGUCCUGCUACGAAGAAAAUCAGUUCAGCAUAAAAGAGAAGUCCUAUCAUCACCCAAUAAUAAUCAAUAUACCUGAAAAGAAAUGCAAACACCAACCCCUCCCCCCUCCUGAAACAAGAGCCAAAAGAAAGGGAAGCAAUGCAGUAAAAAUAUUGAUGUGUUGCCUGGCAGAGGUGAUGACUACAAGGAAUAUGACCAAGACCAAUGCAAAACUCUCCAUUGUCUGCAGGGUUUACCGGAGAGAAUACAGACAUCUCCUGGCUUUUAUAUUUGCUAUUGAUGAGAUAAACCGCAGUCCAGAUAUUCUUCCCAACAUAACUCUGGGAUAUCAUGCGUAUGAUUCUUGUGGACAUGUGAAUAAAGCUAUAAAAGACGUUCUACAGAUAUUGUCUGGACAUACAAAGGAAGCUCCAAAUUAUUCCUGUAUGGAGCGGGGUGCCCUGGCCGGUUUCAUUGGAGAUCUCCAUUCUGACACCACUCUUCAAAUGGCCCAGCUGCUGAAUCUAUAUGGUUACACCCAGAUUAGUUAUGGAGCCAGAGAUACUUUGCUGAGUGAUAGAAAGAUGUAUCCAAACUUUUUCCGGACAGUUCCGGAUGAUGAGAUGCAAUAUGUGGCCAUAGCAAAGUUACUGGAAAGGUUGAAGUGGAACUGGGUCGGGAUCCUUACAUCUGAUGAUGAAUACGGAGAGAGGGAGAUCCGACAUCUCAGCAAACAUUUAUCUAAUCAUGGAAUUUGUAUUGAAUUCAAGAUUCUGGUGUCUAAAGAGAAUUGUGAUAAAAUUCCUCCAGAGCUGCGGAUCUCAACCACGGAAGUUCUUAUUAUUUGUGGCUCAGUUAGUCUGACUUAUUACAAGUUUUUGUAUAAUAAUGUCCCUUAUUACACGGAGAAAACAUUUAUUAUACCAGAUUCUUGGUCAAUGAGUGAAAUGUUUUUUAUUCUCAGUAACUGCAGCUUGGUUUUUACGUAUCCCGAUUUCUACAUAAAGGGAUUGCUGGAAUAUUUUUAUAGUAUUUAUCCAUCCAGACACCCAAAUGACCCCCUGAUGGAGGAUAUUCUCAUAUCUGAAUUUCAAUGCUUUUCAAAAAACCAAAUGAAAAAUGUCCUUAUUCCACUCACACAUAGACACCCUCUUAGGGACUGCGGUGUGGUGACACUUCCACUUGGUUUAUAUUAUCCUGAUGAGAAAACAUCCUAUAGAGUGUAUAUUUCAGUCUACAUGUUGGCUCAAGCAUUACAUGACAUGGAUUUCUCUUUUAAAAUAAAUAACAAAAAAUCUUAAAUAAAUCCACACACACUAAAGUAUAAGGUGAGAGCGUCCAAUGAAAGUUU